ACCAUAAAUCAACAGUUUAAUUUCUAAAAUGUUGCCUUAUUUUUAAAUAUGUACCCUUAACACUGCACACGAUGUGAUCCACAAUGUGAAGUGUGUAUUCCUGCACUUUUAACUGGUAGCUGUAGCCUGGCAUAGGUACAUAAAAUGGCAUUGAUGAUUAACCAGCAGGUUAAUCCCUAUAGCUGAAGUUCGGUUCUACGUGUAGGUAAAUGUGACUUCAGUAGAUUCAUUUCUGCUCAGUUUAAACCAGCGAAUCUGCUGCAUGAGGUGAAGUUUCAAGUCCGUGGGUUUAGACUGUCAUGUUCAGUCUGAUGGCGAACUGCUGCAGCUGGCUGAAACGAUGGCGUGAGCCCGCAAGGAAGGUGACAUUGGUGAUGGUGGGACUGGACAAUGCUGGGAAAACUGCAACAGUCCGGGGCAUUCAGGGAGAAAGCCCACUCGACGUGGCUCCCACAGUGGGCUUCUCAAAGGUGGACCUGAAGCAAGGCAAGUUUGAGGUAACAAUCUUUGACCUUGGUGGUGGAAAGAGAAUCCGUGGCAUCUGGAAGAACUACUACUCCGAGGCGUAUGGUGUGGUGUUCGUGGUCGACUCGAGCGAUGUGCAGAGGAUCCAGGAGACCAGAGACACCAUGGCAGAAGUGCUGCGGCACCCUCGUAUUGCCGGCAAGCCAGUGCUAGUGUUGGCAAAUAAGCAGGACCAGGAUGGGGCACUGGCUGAAGCUGACAUAAUUGAGAGCCUGUCAUUGGAAAAGCUUGUCAACGAGAACAAGUGUCUGUGUCAGAUUGAGCCAUGCUCUGCAGUACUGGGUUAUGGUAAGAAGCUCGACAAGUCAAUCAAGAACGGCCUUAAUUGGCUUCUCAACAACAUCGCCAAGGACUAUGAAGCGAUCACGGAGCGAGUACAGAGGGACACGGCUGAGCAGAAGCUGCAGGAGGAACAGGAUAAAACGGAGAGAGCCGAGAGGGUGAAGAAGAUCCGAGAGGAAAGGGACAGACAAGAGCGUGAAGAGGCGGAGCGAGAAGGAAGACAAGUAAAGCAGGAGGAGUCAGAGGAUACCGACAUGCCCAAUCCAUUCCAGCCAAUAAACAAUGUAGUUAAAGAGAAUGAGGACAAAUUAAAAAUUGAAAUGGAAAAGAAAAAGCAGAGAGAUGAGAACCAACAGGACAGUGCUUUGGAGCAGAACAGCAAACAGGAGGAUGAGGAAGAGGAAGAGCAAGAGGAUCAAGAGAGUGAAAGACAGACACCGGAAAGCACAGAAUCAGGUCUAGGAGAGCAGACCAAAAAGAAAGUAAAGAAAAUACGGCUGAAGCGGAAAAACAGAGUCGACCCACUCAUAACAGAUGAUUCAGCCAAGACCCCCACUCCACCUCCCGCACCAGUUGGAUGGGCUACUCCCAAAGUCUCUAGACUCCCCAAGCUUGAACUUCUUGGAGAUAAAAGACUUUCUGAUUUCUAUGGCAAGCCCCUUCCACCUGUAGCAAUUAGACAGAGGCCCAAUGGUGAAACCCAUGAUGUCAUUUCCUAACCCCUGCUCUACUUUCCUUCCAACAAUCACAGUCUUUGUGUUUUCUUUUAUCUCCAAGCCCGGGCUGUGUGACAGUGCAACACACACCAUGCAUGCACUGAGAGAGGAACCCAUGUACCCGGUACUCUGUCAGCUUACAUGGACGGAUCAUGUAUUUAUUAACCAGCCAAUGAGGGAUGACCUACAGAGACCAUGUUCUGGACCCAUUUCUUGGAGAUGGGACAUGUUGGGAUGGCGUCAUCUUUGAACUAAUUCUGAGAAAUGGACCUGCAUUGUAUACAAAGUGUAUACGGCUCAUUUAGCCACCAGCAGAGGAAGCAUUAUUAUCUCAGUUUGUUCAUUUCUUCUAAUGGUUUAGGUGUAAAGGUGCACAAAUCUGCAACUGUGAAUUUUUUAUGUAUAUAUUAAACAUCCAGAUGGAAUUUCAUGAGCUGUGAGAAAUCAGGACUACUUUAUUUUUUACUAAAGAUGUUUUAAGUGAGUACUUCAUUUUAAAAGCCAGCAAUCGGAUUAAAUUCAGAAAUGUUGUGUACUGUAGUUGGGUACGUCUUUAACGUCUCACCUGAAACUCAAUCCUGGCCGGUGAUUUGCACGAAUCUUUUAUCCCCAGUGAUUUUUUUUCCCAAUGGGAAAACACAUGGAAACGGUGACUUGAUCGGACUUGAAACAUCUAUUAAAUGUAUAAUUAUAUAAAAGAUCUGUUUUUAAAAAUCUGUAACAUCUUUUCUAUUUUUCAAAAUCUUUAUAAUGUCUUUUUAUUACGCUAAAUGCUGUACAGUUUGUAGCAGUGUAUUUGUCUUUGUAUAAAAGGCUCAUUGUUCCUUUUUUACCCCCUGAAGGUAUUAUAAUGAAUUUUAAAAUAUAUUUUCACACAAAUGCAAACCAUAAUAUUCUAAACUACAGUCUGACAGUUCACAUAGACACUAUGUUUGUAUGACGUACUCUAAAGCCCUGAAUUACUAAACAUUUGCAUGCAUUAAAAUGUACAACCAACUAUCAUGAAUAACGAAUUGUUACCAUUAACGGAGGAUUGUGUCUUUUAAAUGAGCAAAAUAACUUAUUUUGCACGUUUGCCUUACUAGAUCUGUUAUUUGUGUUGUAUUUAUCUAAGAGUGCAAUAUACAGAGCUGGGUCAAAUACAUUUAUUCAGCACAGCAGUUUGAGAAUAGAGAUUGUGUACAAUAAUCGAACUGAAGGGCAUGUACCAAUGUGCUGUACAUUUUGCACCAUGAAUGCAAUUAUUCAGUUAUUGUGAAAAUAAUAAGACAAAAUAGGAUGUUUAGACAUAUUCUGGUCCUGCUUGGGGUUGUACGGCAUCACGCGAAAUAUUUUUAUAAGCUUACCAGUGUUUAAUUUGCCAGUUAUUGCUUUUUUAUGUUGAAUUUUUUAACCAUGUAUUUUUUGCCUUAAGUUCUCCACAUUUAAUGUCACAUGGUUUUACUCUUGCACACAUGCAGUAAUUAAUUUGUUACAUAGUUCAACAAAUUAAAACACAUUACACAAGCACA